ACCAUGCGGACUGUCACUCUCUGACUCACUCGGGUGACACACAGAGUAAAAUAGACAAAGCCCUUAAAAAUGUCUGCUUGAUCACGCCGACAUUCACCACCGUCUCCACGAAUUGGCGCAUUUUAGCUGAAUCCCAAACCCUAGAGGCUUUUCUUUCUCGCUCUGAAGUGAAAAUUGUGUUCGUCUACUGAGAGUGAAACAGGGCACCCUCGCAUGUCUCUCUUUCCGUUCCAUUUUUCUCCACUUUCUCUCUCUAGAGCUCUUCUUGAUCUUUAGUCUUUGGGUUUAAUUUUAUUUCUUUGAGGGUUUUACAGCUUUUGGUGGUUGGUGGGUCUGUGGAAUUUUAGUCUUUAGAUGCUUUCAAUGUUUGGUUGCGCAGGGGAGCACUGAGAAGCUUCAGAUCUGACGAAGCAGAUGUUGUUUCGAGGGACAGGGGCAUCAAUAUCUCGUGUCUUCUCCCCUUCCCUGUUGCCUUAAAACCCUACGGCUUCCUUCCUUUCUGUCUCCUUUUGCCGCAACUUUCUCUCUCUUCCCCCUUUAUGAAUUUUCUCUGUGAGUUUUGGGGGUAGAAGCAUCGUUCUUUGAUUUGUUCCUGUGAAAGAAGACCAGCUCUUUUGAUCGAUUAUAUUGUAUUAUCUUGGUUUCUUAGCCUGAGAAAGUUUUAAAAAAGAGUGAUCCGUAUCAAUGCUGGCAUUUGGGAGUCCAACCAGCGUCCAGACAAGGACUAGUUGUGGUUCUUUACUCACAGAACUUCAGCAAAUAUGGGAUGACAUUGGUGAGAGUGAAUCAGACAAAGACCGCAUGCUGUUUGAGCUGGAGAGGGAGUGCUUGGAAGUUUAUCAGAGAAAGGUUGAAAAGGCUGCCAAUGCCAAGGCCCGGCUUCAUCAGACCGUCGCAGCCAUGGAAGCUGAACUUGCAACUCUUAUGGCUGCUCUUGGGGAACUUAAUCUUCAGUCCCUGGCAGAUAAGAGGUCAGCAUCAUUGAAAGAGCAACUCGCAUCAGUGACUCCAAUGGUAGAUGAUCUGAGGAUAAAGAAAGAGGAAAGGAUGAAACAAUUUUCAGAUAUAAAAGCACAAAUUGAAAAGAUCAGUAUGGAGAUUUCUGGUUUUGACCAUCCAAACAGUGCUGUCAUGAGUUAUUUAACUCUAGAAGAACAAGACUUGUCUCUUAGAAGACUUACUGAAUACCAAACACACCUUUCUAAUCUUCAAAAAGAAAAGUCUGAUCGCCUUAAUAAGGUUCUGGAAUUUGUGAAUGAGGUGCAUAUUUUAUGUGGCCUACUUGGGUUAGAUUUUGGCAAGACUGUGAGUGAUGUACAUCCAAGCUUAAAUGGAAAAUACCUGGAGCAAUCCAGAAACAUCAGCAAUAGCACAUUACAAGGUCUAGAACAAGCCAUCAUUACAUUGAAAAUGGAAAGAAAAGAUCGAAUACAGAAGCUGAAAGAUAUUGUAGCAUCGCUUUUUGAACUUUGGAAUUUGAUGGACUCACCAAAAGAGGAGAGAAGUAACUUUUUAAGGAUUACUUCAACUCUUGGAUCAUCAGAAUCAGAAAUUACUGAACCUGGUGCUCUUUCAUUAGAGAUUAUCGAACAGGUGUCAGCAGAGGUGGAGAGGCUAGCUAAACUGAAAGCAAGCAGAAUGAAAGAACUUGUUAUGAAAAAGAGGGCAGAAUUGGAGGAGAUAUGCAGAAUGAUUCAUAUUGAACCUAAUACAAAUACAGCUGCUGAAAAAUCUAAUGCAUUGAUAGAUUCUGGUCUUGUGGAUCCUUCUGAACUUCUGGCAAACAUUGAAGCUCAAAUAAUCAAAGCAAAAGAUGAAGCUGUGAGCAGAAAAGAUAUUAUGGAUAGGAUUGAUCGAUGGCUAUCAGCCUGUGAAGAGGAAAACUGGCUUGAAGACUACAAUCAGGAUGAAAACAGAUACAGUGCCGGAAGAGGUGCUCACAUAAAUCUAAAACGUGCUGAACGAGCUCGAGUGACUGUGAGCAAGAUUCCAGCCAUUGUAGAUAAUUUGAUAAACAAAGCAGUGGCCUGGGAGAAUGAGAAGAAUACCUCUUUUCUUUACGAUGGAGUGCGUUUAGUUUCAAUAUUGGAGGAUUACAAACUGACCAGACAACAGAAAGAAGAGGAGAAGAAGAGAUAUAGGGAUCAAAAGAAGCUCCAAGAUCUACUCUUGACAGAGAAGGAAGCCAUGUAUGGAUCAAAACCUAGUCCAAAAAGAACCAACAGCUUUAGGAAAUCAAAUGGGUAUCGUGCAAAUGGAAAUGGAUCCAUGACUCCUACACCUCGCAGGAAUUCUGUUGGCAGUUCAACUCCUGAGCUUCUUACUCCACGAUCUUACUUGGGGCGCCAAAAUGGAUAUUUCAAGGAAAUGAGAAGGUUGUCUACUGUACCACUAAAUUUUGUGGCUGUAGCAAAAGAAGACACACUGUCGCGUGCUUCCAUUUAUGGUUCAGAGCUAGGCUCUCCUCCUCGGGGUUAAAUUUGAAACUGGAAUUGGAACAGGAAGAAGGUACUCUCUGGAAGUAGAUUGUAAAAGCAGCAGAAACCCUUGUGAAUAUUAAGGCAAUGUACACUAGUGUAUGAUUGUGACAUUGUUAGGAGUGUUAGGGCUAUGGUAAAUGACAUUUGAGGAAGUCAGUUCAGGUGUUAUCUGCUCUGAAGAAACAAGUUCUGAAGGCACAGUGGUGGCAGUGGUUGAUUAUGUUUCGGAGCUAUAAAUUAGAAUUUAAAAUGGGGGCAACUAACGUGGGAGUGUCACUGACCGUGUUAUGCUUUUGAUUUUUCGCUUAGUGUUUCACAUGUGCAUGUAUGUGUAUAUAUUCCCAUGUUCAAGAACUUGAUGUAGGAGGCUUGAUUUUCUCUUGAAAUGCUGAUUGUAGGAUGGUUGUAUUGCCUUAACCCAAGAAAGGUUGAUUUGUCAUUUGUCUUGUUUUUCAACUGCAUUUUGGUGCCCAAUGUCAAUUGCCAUCUUUUCUGUGCACGAAGGAUGGAUGCAGUGGUGAAAUGUAAUCUUAUGCAGUGAAAGCGGAUUGUCUGUGCCAGAGAAAGGACAGUAUUUAUAAAUUGCAUUUUGAACGGUCA